AAGUGUACGUACUGGGUAGAUUAUAUAUCUAAAAAAAAAUUAUGCGCUGAUUUACCGACGUCUCUUUUCCAAUGUAAGUCAAUGCGGAAAAGUCUUUAUGGGCCUAAAUUACGUCACUGGAGCUGUAGUGCCACCGUUUGACCACUACGAGCGUUCCAAAACUCGGCUUCAACGGCCGGCUCACUUCCUGGCGGCUUGGUGUUACUCCGCUGUGGCGGAAGUAAGUCGUAUCGCGCUGGGGCCCUCAUCCUUCCAAUGGCGACUGCAAACAGGCUGAAUAGAAAGCGGGAGCAACCGUGGAGGGGGGUCAGAGCUGUGUAACCGAAAUUAAAUAAAUAUAUCCUCGUCUGUGUAGUCCUAAAGUUAGCCUUAACAUUUGUUUCACCUCUCCAAAUCACGGCCGAAUCACAAUGGCCAAACAUCGGAACAUUUCGCUCCUUGAGUCGGAGCUCUAUUACCUGAUUUCUCGUUUCCUAACAACGGGUCCAUGUCGGAGAGCAGCUGAGGUCCUGGCGAGUGAACUGGAGGAACAUCAGCUAUUACCCGGUAGAUUGGACUGGCUUGGAAACGAGCACCCGAGAACAUACGAAGACGUGGUUGCAGCAAACAGACAUAUUGCACCAAACCAUUUGCUACAAAUAUGCAAGCAGAUCGGACCAAUUCUUGACAAAGAUGUGCCAUCAUGUGUCCCAGGAGUUCACUCCCUCCUGGGGUCCGGGAAGCAGUCAAUGCUCAGGACGGCAAAAGACUGCGACAGUGUGCGGUUCAAAGCUUCAUCAUAUGCAGCCCUUCACCGGGGCAGACCACCAGAGAGGCCUUUCAACUGCAAAAAACCUCCACACCUCGUGGAGAUCCAUCGAGGCAGAGAGCUGACAGGAGUGCAGCGCUUCAGCUCCAUCAACCCCGUCAGCAACUAUGAGCGCAUGCGGCUGCACCGGCGGAUCCUGGGCCAUCUGUCUGCAGUGUACUGUAUCGCCUUCGAUCGCACCGGUCUCAGGAUCUUCACAGGCUCAGACGACUGUUUGGUGAAGAUUUGGUCUUCGUUCGAUGGAAGGCUUCAUUCCACGCUGCGAGGACACUCCGCAGAGAUCACAGACCUGGCGGUUAAUUAUGAGAACACGCUCAUCGCCGCAGGAAGCUGUGACAAGACCAUCCGUGUGUGGUGCCUUCGUACCUGUGCCCCCGUGGCUGUGCUGCAGGGGCACAGCGGAUCCAUUACCUCCCUACAGUUCUCACCGUUUGCUAAGGGCUCAAAGCGCUACAUGCUCUCCACUGGAACUGAUGCUACCGUCUGCUUCUGGCAGUGGGACGUCAACAACAUCAACUUUAGCGAUCGGCCACACAAGUUUACAGAGCGUCCGAGGCCAGGAGUCCAGACGGUGUGCUCCUCAUUCAGCCCGGGUGGGAUGUUCUUAGUAACAGGAAGUACUGACGAUGUCAUCCGAAUAUACUACCUUGGAGGCGGGAGUCCAGAGAAGAUAUCCGAGCUGCACGAGCACACGGACAAAGUUGAUAGCAUCCAAUUUUGCCACUCAGGGGAAAGGUUUGUGAGUGGGAGUCGAGAUGGAACCGCCCGGAUCUGGAAGCUCCACCUGCGGCAGCAGUGGAGGAGCCUCCUGCUCAACAUGGCCGCCACUCUGCCGGGCGUUGAACCAAUGAGUGAAGAGGAGAGCCACUUCAAACCCAAAGUCACCAUGGUAGCGUGGGACCGCCACGACAACACAGUCAUUACGGCCGUUAACAACCAUCUCCUCAAAGUGUGGAACUCCUACACAGGACAGCUGCUACAUAUCCUUAAAGGCCACGAGGCCGAGGUGUUCGUCCUGGAGCCGCACCCGUUCGACCCUCGGAUCAUCCUGUCUGCCGGCCACGACGGGAACGUCUUCAUAUGGGAUCUGCUGCGAGGAACCAACACACAGCACUACUUCAACAUGAUUGAGGGCCAGGGACAUGGGGCCGUUUUUGACUGCAAGUUCACCCCAGAUGGUCAUCGCUUCGCCUGCACGGACUCUCAUGGCCAUCUGCUCAUCUUUGGUUUCGGCAGCUCCAAGCCGUAUGAAAAGCUUCCAGACCAGGUGUUCUUCCACACAGACUACCGGCCGCUGAUCCGGGACACCAACGGCUUCGUGCUGGACGAGCAGACGCAGCAGGCCCCCCAUCUCAUGCCCCCACCCUUCCUGGUGGACGUGGACGGAAACCCCCAUCCACCAAAGUACCAGCGUCUCGUCCCAGGCCGGGAGAACAUUGCUGCAGAACACCUGGUUCCUCAGCUGGGAUACGUCGCCACCAGUGACGGCGAGGUGGUGGAGCAGGUGAUCAGCCAGCAGACCUCAGAGCACGACGAGGCUGCGAUCAGACGCAGCAACCUGUUGGACGAGGCCAUCCGAAACCUGCAGCUCCAGCAGGACCAGCAGGGCCAGCCCGGGGAGGGGGAGGCCGCUCCGGGGGCCGCAGCAGCACCGGAGGGGCAAGCUGAGGCUCAGGGACUAUUCUUGGUACCGGCACCAAGCACCCCACGCAGAGGUAUAACGUCUGUGAAUGAACGAGCGGACGUGCAGUCGCCCCCCAACGUGGGUCUGCGCCGCAGCGGGCAGGUGGAGGGGGUCCGGCAGAUGCACCAGAACGCCCCUCGCAGCCAGAUGGCCACAGAGAGGGACCUGCAGGCCUGGAGGCGCAGGGUGGUGGUGCCGGAGGUGGCGCCCAGCAGCUACAGGGAGCAGGAGAACUUUCGAACAGCCAGAGGAGAUGAGGAGAUGUCUCUGUACAACGCCAAGAAGAGACGCAUUAUCUACAGCAGCUGUCGAGACGACUCGGACGAGGAUGAAACUGCGAGGCGAGCACACGGAGUGCUGGAGUUCAUGGACCUGUCCUGUGAGGAGGGGGAGGAGACGGCCAGUUCAGAGGUACACAGCGAGGAGGGCGAGUUGGAUGGCAGUGAAAUGGAUUCAUCCAAUGAUGAGGAAGAGUGGAAAAGUGACAGCUCAAGCCACACGUCCAGCGAGUACUCUGACUGGACGGCGGACGCUGGUAUCAACCUGCAGCCCUCCACCCCGUUAUCAUCGCGGAAACGAGCGCGGCGCAGGAUCAGCAGCUCUGAAGAGGAAGAGGAGGAGGAGAACGAGGAAGAGGAGGAGAAGGAGAAGCAACAGCAGCAGAGCGACGAGGAGGAAAGAGCUGGCAAGAAAAGCAAAGGGAAAUCCAAGAAAGCAAAGAACAAGACGCCCAGACGUCCAAAGGUCAGACCAUCCAUCAACAGAGAAGUGUCCAACGAGUUCAGACCGUCACCGUGGAUCACCGACGUCAUUCCCAGGAAGUCUCCUUUUGUUCCCCAAAUGGGCGAUGAGGUGAUCUACUUCCGGCAGGGACACGAGGCCUACGUUGAGACGGUGAGCCGCGGCGACCUGUACCCCAUCAACUCAGACAAACAGCCCUGGAAGAAAAUGGAGCUGCGGGACCAAGAGUUUGUGAAGAUCACUGGGAUCAAAUAUGAAGUGUCUCCUCCCACGCUCUGCUGUCUGAAGCUGACGCUCAUCGACAACGGCACCGGAAAAAUAUCAGACAAGUCCUUUUCUGUCAAGUAUCACGACAUGCCGGACGUGAUCGAUUUCCUCGUGGUGAGGCAGACUUAUGACGAGGCGCUCCGGAGAAACUGGCAACCGAACGACAGGUUCCGCUCAGUGAUAGACGACGCCUGGUGGUUUGGGAUGAUCGUCUGUCAGGAGCCAUACCAGUCCGAAUACCCCGACAGCCUCUUCCAGUGCUUCAAAGUCAGAUGGGACAACGGGGAAACCGAGAAGCUGAGUCCUUGGGAUGUGGAACCGAUUCAAGAUGAUGCCCCGCAGCCGGAGCUGGAGGGAGGCGGGAUCCCCGUGACGGAGGAGGAGAUGAGGGAGCUGAUGUACAAGCCUCUGCACGGGGAGUGGGGGGAGAGGAGCCGGGACGCCGAGUGUGAACGCAUCAUCGUCGCCAUCGACCAGCUCAUCACUGUUGAGAUCGCAGCUCCUUUCUCUGGCCCUGUGGACUUAAUCCAGUACCCCACCUACUGCACUGUGAUCGCCUAUCCCACCGACCUGGGCACCAUCCGGCUGCGUCUCCUCAACAGAUUCUACAGGCGUCUCUCAGCAUUAGUUUGGGAUGCCAGGUAUAUUGCACACAACGCCCGAACUUUCAAUGAGCCAAUGAGCAAGAUCGCCCACUCUGCAAAGAUCAUUACUAACGUCCUCCAGAAAUUUGUCAAUAAUCCGAGCUGCAUAGAUAUCAUGGAGAUUUACAAUGCUGUGGAGGAGAUGGAUGAUGAGGAUGAGGAAGAGGAUGCAGAAGCUCCAGGAACCUCCUCCGGACACAGACUGCGACAGCGCUCUGUAGAGGUGGUGCCGGACAGAGACGCCUGGAAGAAGAAGUGCAAGAAUCUCCUCAACUACAUAUUUGAGUGUGAGGACUCGGAGCCCUUCAGACAGCCUGUGAAUCCUCAGAACUACCCAGACUACCUGAACAUCAUUGACACCCCCAUGGACUUCAGCACCGUGAGGAGGACACUGGGGGAGGACCGCUAUGAAAACCCUACAGAGCUGUGCAAAGACAUAAGGCUGAUCUUCGCCAACGCUAAAGCUUACACUCCCAACAAACGCUCCAAGAUUUACAGUAUGACCCUGCGGCUCUUGGCCUUCUUCGAGGAGCAGAUCAGAGCGAUCACAUCCGAGUACAAAACGGCCAUCAAGAGCAGCGACAGACUCCGCCGCAGUCAGCGCUGCCGCAAGAAAAUGCAGCCGAACGAUCAGUCCACGUCCAGUCAAAAGAGAGCUGCAGCUAAAACUCAGGAAAAAGUGGAGUCCACGUCAGUGACCAAAUCUACCUCAGCCAAAGUGGGUGUUCCAGAUCGAGCCAGGAGGAGUCGCAGGAGAAGCUCCUCCGACGACUCCAAAGGUGCUUCAUCAACACCAGAGUCUGACAGUGAGAGCGAGCCGAGUGAGUCGGAGGAGGAGAAACGUCCUGGCUCCUCGAGGCACCAUCGACUCAGACACAAAGCCAGAGUUACGAGAAGCAACCGCGCUAAGCAGAGGAAAAAAGAGAGCGAUAGUGAAGAGGAGGAGGAGGAAGAGGAGGAGGAGGAGGAGGAGGACAGUGGUGCUGGAGAGGAUGGACAUAUGUCCUCUCAGUCUUCAGGUCGUCGCUACCCGAGCAGGAGUAAGAGCAGCAGGAGCACACGGCUGACCAGGAACAGCUCUGGAGCGGAGAGGAGGCGCACAGAGGGCAGAGCAGAGGUGAACGGUCACAGCAGCCGAGCGUCUCGCAGUGCAAGGCGCCACCACCGGGACUUUGACGGAGCCUCGUCCCCGGGCUCCGACGGGGGGGAGGGGGUCACGCUGCGCAGGUCGCUCAAGAGGAAGACGGCGAGGGCAGCGGUGAACAAGAUGAAACUCCUCAAAGUGUCGGAGGAGGAGGAGGAAGAGGAAGAGGAAGAGGAGGAGACGCCGAGGAGGAGCAGCAGCCGCCUCCGCCUCACAAUCCGGACCAGCAAGCGCGCCGCGGUGAUCCAGAGCAGCUCCGACUCUGAUGAAAAGCCUUCGAGACGGGCUUCUCAAAAGAAAAAGGAAUCGGGUGACGAAUCCGAGGAGGAGGAGGAGGAGGAGGAAGAAGACCAAGACAGCGAUGCUUCAUCCUUCUCCCCAAAUGAGCAGAAUGGAGACACGAGGUCCCGCAAACAGAGGACGUCAAGACAAGCUGCUAAGGCGAAGGGAAAUGAUGCUCUGACCCAAGUGAACGGACACGGUGCGAAACCUCACAGCAACUCUGAGCAAGAGGAGGCUGCAGAGGAGAGCUCUGGAGACGAGGAAGAGUCGGUGUCUCGGAAAUCCUCUAGAAGCAAAGCAACCACUUCCGCCAAGACGAAGAAGAAGAUUGAAAGCGAGGAGGAGGAGGAGGAGGAAGAUGAAGAGGAGGACGAUGAUAAGGAGGACGAUGAGGAGGAAGAGGUAGAGCACACUGAACACAGGACCACAAGACACAAACUUCCCAUCAGCUCAGACGAAGAGUACAAAGACCACAGUUCUCAGAAACACCCACACCAAAACGGAAGAAACGUGGAGGAAGCCAUCCACAAGGACUCUAAGAAGAAGUGCAAAGUUUCACCAGACAAACAAAAACCUGCCUCAACCAACAAACCGGACGGUGCUGAGUCAGAGGAGCUCAGCGAUCCUCCAAAGAGAGCCAGCCUGCGCAAGAAGAGCCUGAAGAGAGACGAAGAGAGCCAUCACUCCAGCGAGGAAUCUGAAUCCAAUUCCAAGAGGUCGACGAGGAACAAGACGAAGUCCAAACGGCCUCGCAGCGAAACCUCGGCCUCGGAGAGCUCCCAGCAGGAAUACAAACCCAAGAGGAAGUCGAGGAGGAAACGCUCCACCGGCUCCUCGGACGAAGAGUCGGACAACUCAGACAACGUGUCCAACAGACGGCGGAAGCUCCGAGCACUACCGAAGAAGAGUUACAUCAGCGACAACUCGGAGGAAGACUCUGCUUCAGGCGCAAAACAGGGGAGCGGUAAAAAGACGGCGUCCAGGGAAGGCAAGCGAGAGUCGAACAGGAGCUCUCCCAACGGAGCCAGGAGUCGGACGUCUUCCAGCAAAAAACGCAUUUACACCUCAGACUCUGAAGAUGCUGAGGAGGACGGAGAAGACAAGCCGGUGUCAAAGAGCGAUAAAAACAGCAGGUCCUCGAAACGUUCCAAAGGGGAGUCCAAAGGAGAGGGGGACACCUCGUCACAUUCUGAAUCCAGCAAGGAGGAGGAAGAGGAGGAUGUUGGGAGCAGGAAGAAAAACGCCAGGCAGCCAAAACUAAAACUAAAAGAUGGCACUCGCAGCUCCGACUCGUCUUCAGCCGCCGAAAACUCAUCUGCCAGCUCAGGGUUUCGCAGCAGUCCAAAGAGGAGGAGUCACAGGCGGUCGGGCGUCGCUGAGAAGACGUCCGGCCGCCCGCUGAGGCCGCGCCGCCGUGCGUCCGCCUCAGAGGACAGCGACGAGACGCGCCGCAAAACACAGCAAAAAGCAUGCGUGAACACCCGCAACCGAGGGAAGCGGACGGUGAGCUAUCACGACAGCGAAUGAAGGACGGGAAGAGAGCUGGAGACCUUUAAAUAAAGACACGAUACGGUAGUAGCACUGGAGUCCUCGAGAGAAAAUGCUGUGAAUCUGUUUCAUUCAGGGAUAUUUAUAUUUUCUAUGAAAAACAUGUUUAUAGAUGUAAUACGAAUUCAAGCAUUUGAACUGCUGGGUCUUUUUUUCUCAAAGCGAAAACUCCACCGCCCCAUUCUGCUCGUUGCGAUUCCGCCGGCAGGGAAAACCGUUCUGGGGGAUUAUUUUGUCCGCGUGGGUGCUACUCUUAUAUACCUCUCGUUUAAUCAAGCAUAUUGCUGGCUUGCACUAAGAUACACUGUAAUGAGGUAUUUCAUACACUAGUUUUGCAUUAGAAACUCAGGGGUCAAAUACGUUUACUGUAGUCUCAGACAUGCGGUUGUUUUCUGCGCAACAGAAUACAACUCCAGAUGUCCAAGCACACUCACUGGGACAAAAAAGAAAAGAGAAUCCAUGCUCAGACGUUUGACUACAGCACUCCUUUGUAAAUCCACACACUCAAUGCUCGUCUGUAUUUUGAGUUAUGAGCCAAAAUGAUCUAAAUAUUCUUUCCCCCAUUGCAUUAGUUUUUUUUUCUGUAAGUUAGUUUGUGUUCUAGUGAAUAGAUGUAAAUAUUUGAUUGAGGAAGACGUCUGAGGUUCAGUCGGUAACAAAAUGUUUAUUUAAUUUGUUUUUUUAAUUUCUUCUCUUUAUCUUUUUUUUACAAUUAACUGCAUUGUCUUGCCAUAUGUCACAAAUUGGUACUUUUUUGCCAAGUACAAAAGUACUCUUUGCAAAAUACUGUGAUUUCUCAUAUUGGGAAGGCCCGUUAUUGUUCUGUGUUACCUACUUUCAGUGUUAAAUUCUUUUUUUCAGAGUUGACUUAAAAACAUUUUGCCAGUCACAUGGUUUAAUUUUGUUAACGGGAAGGUUUCUAAAUAAAGUCGCUUUAUGACAUUUUGCUUAAUGUUUUUCGUACUACACCUUUAUUAAAUCACAGGAAAACUAUUAUCGCGAUGUGGUUGUGGAGUGCAAUGGAUGAGUUAUUCCUCACAAUAAUAAAGACAUCAUUUCAAGGUG